UUCUGAAAGAGAAGAUAGAAAGUUAGGUUGUGUUUUUGAAGAAGUGUUUUACUUUUACAUAUUUACUUAAUAAAAUCGAGAAUGUCAUAUAAAAAGAAUUUAAAUUCUAGUGAAACUGAUCAAAAUCAAGAUCAAACGUGUGUAGUGUGCUUUAAGAAUGUAGAUAUUUACUCCAUUGGAAUUUGCGAUCACCCUGUUUGUUACGAGUGCUCCACUCGAAUGAGGGUGCUCUGCCGCCAAAAUGAGUGUCCCAUAUGUAGGGGAGACAUGCCAAAGGUAAUAUUUAGUAGAAAUAUUGAGCCAUUUGCAGUUCUAGAAGAAAAGAGUAGGCAUGUCAAUAUGAAAGAUGCAAAAUUUGGUUUCUAUUUCUUGUCUCCAUCAAUUCAGAGAGCUUACUACCGUCUCUUAGAACAUGAAUGCUUUAUUUGUCGCAAAUAUAGAAAUUCAGGAUUUAGAACGUUUCAACAACUUAAGGAGCAUAUGAGAAAAGAACAUGAACUUUUCUACUGCGAUUUGUGUGUUGAGAAUUUGAAAAUUUUCACCUGGGAAAGAAAAUGUUAUACAAGAGGUGAACUAGGAACACAUAGGAGAAAAGGAGAUGUAGAUAACACCUCACACAGAGGUCAUCCAUUGUGCGAGUUUUGUGAUACUCGUUUUAUGGAUAAUGACGAUUUGUUUCGUCAUUUGCGGCGUGAUCAUUAUUACUGCCAUUUCUGUGAUGCUGAUUGUAAACACCAUUAUUACAAUUCUUAUAAUGAUUUGAGAAAACAUUACCUCGAAGAACAUUACUUGUGUGAAGAAGGUGACUGUAAAUAUGAACAGUUUACGUCUGUUUUUAGAACUGAUAUUGACCUCAAAGCACAUAUUACUUCUGCUCAUGGGAAAUCUUUAAGUAAAGCUGCUACUAAACAAGCUAGAACGUUAGAAUUAGAAUUUACAUUAGCACCAAGAUCCAGGCCUGGAGGAGAAUUCAAUUUAACACCAAGAUCUAGACCUGGAGGCGGCAUAAAAGGAAGAAGACGUGGCGAUUGUUAUAACCAGGAUGAAGAAGGAGCUGUGGGUUAUAGCAAAUAUAAUGUAGAGCCUGGUGGAACGGAUAAUUUAGAUAAUAGAACCGAAGACAUUUUUGUGAAUCCCCUAAAUGCCGAAAAUUUCCCCUCAUUGAGUGGAGAAUCUGGUACAAGUACCAAUACUCGUACAGUUUCAAAUGUAACCAUAACAUCGAAAAAAUUAAAUCCAUUUAGUGAAGAAAACUUUCCAUCUUUAGGUGGCUCAAGUUCCGUUCCCGCACGUCCUUCGGCUGUGACAAUAACUACAACUUCUAACAAGUUCAAUCCAAAUAAUGCCUCGGACUUCCCUAGUCUGGGUAGUGCAGCGUCUUCGAGACAACCUCCUGGAGUAACGAUAACAAGAACCGUCAAACAACCUGGUACCAGUCGCAAUUUAAGCGAUUUUCCUUCUUUAAGUGAAACUGCUGGUCCUUCUUCAGCCAGUACAGUACGUUUAAGUGUAAAUAGUAAUCAAGAUAGACCUCAAAGUGCAAAAACCUCAAAUGUUUCUAUUCAUGUAAAUCAUAAAGCAAACGGGGUGAUAACAACUCGUAUCAGUCAAACACCAACUAGCAGUAUUUCAGUUAGUUCGAAAACCUCGUCCAAUGAUUUUCCUGCUCUAAGUAAAGCUUCCGUACCUGUGCCACUAUGGGUUUCUCAGAAACCGAAGAAACAACAAGAAGCGAAAGCAUCUAAAGUUGCUCCUGCACCUACUCUACCUCCAAACAGCCUUAAUGACUUCCCUAUUUUAAAUAAAUCAGACAAGGGCAGAAAAACCGCCAGCGUUACUAUGCCAAUAUCAAAUACUUGGGUGAAUUUGAAUAAUUAUAAUAAUCAAGUAAAAAGCAAUAAAACUAAUAAUAAAAAUAGUAGUACUGAAGGAGAUGGGAGUAAUGAAGUACCUGAAAGUGAAAUGAAACAACAAAAAAGUGAGAAAAAGAGUGGAAAUAAAAGUUCUAAUAAAAAUAAUGGGAGAAGUAGCAGUUCAAAAAGCAUAAUCCUUAAAAGUUCUAACAUAAAUAGUAAA